GUCGUUUUGACAGCUGAAAAAAAUAAAAAAUAUUAGUCUAGUGCAAGAUGGCUCUGAAGGCGCUUGUUGGGCAAAAGAUUAUGAAUGAGGUGAUCCGCUAUCGCGGUCCCAAAGGAAAAGAGUCUCAGCGUAUAGAAUGGAGAAUCCUGAUAGUAGACCAACUGUCCAUGAGAAUGGUAUCUGCAUGCUGCAAGAUGCAUGAUAUCUCUGCUGAAGGCAUUACUUUGGUAGAAGAUAUUCACAAGAAAAGGGAGCCACUAUGCACCAUGGAUGGUAUUUACCUCAUCACUCCAUGUGAAAAAUCAGUCCACGCUCUCAUCAAUGACUUUUCAGUGGGCAACCGCAUCAUGUACAAAGCUGCCCAUGUCUUCUUCACUGAAGCUUGCCCUGAUGCAUUAUUUGAUGAAAUCUCACGUAGUCGUCUAGCUAAAUAUAUAAAAACAUUAAAGGAAAUCAACAUAGCUUUCAUUCCAUAUGAACAACAGGUAUUUUCUCUGGACUCUCCAGAGACCUUUCAAUGCAUGUACAAUCCAGCGCUCGCGCAAACACGCAACGCCAACAUGGAGCGCAUUGCCGAACAAAUUGCUACACUCUGUGCUACGCUGGGAGAGUAUCCAUCCGUACGCUAUCGCAGUGACUGGGAGCGUAAUGUGGAACUGGCCCAGCUGAUUCAGCAGAAACUUGAUGCGUAUAAGGCCGAUGAACCAACAAUGGGCGAGGGUCCCGAAAAGGCUCGCUCACAGCUCCUGGUCCUGGACCGCGGCUUCGAUUGCGUCUCUCCUUUGCUACACGAGUUGACUCUCCAAGCUAUGGCUUACGAUCUUCUGCCCAUAGAAAAUGAUGUCUAUAAAUAUGAGGCAUCCCAAGGGCAACUGAAAGAGGUUUUGUUGGACGAGAAUGAUGAGCUAUGGGUGGAACUGCGACAUCAGCAUAUAGCUGUUGUGUCCACCUCUGUCACCAAGAACUUGAAAAAGUUCACUGAAUCCAAACGCAUGGGCGGUGGAGACAAACAGUCCAUGAGGGACUUGUCUCAAAUGAUCAAGAAAAUGCCUCAGUACCAGAAGGAGUUAUCUAAAUACGCGACACAUCUGAAACUCGCCGAAGACUGCAUGAAAGCGUACCAGGGGUACGUCGACAAACUCUGCAAAGUGGAACAGGAUCUAGCCAUGGGAACUGAUGCUGAAGGUGAAAAGAUCAAAGAUCAUAUGCGUAGCAUUGUGCCUGUUCUACUAGACCAGGCUGUCUCCAACUUCAACAAGAUGCGCAUUAUCGCUCUGUACAUUAUGUCUAAGAAUGGCAUAUCUGAGGAGAACCUGAACAAGUUGGUGACGCACGCGCAGCUCGAGCCUUCCGACAAGCAGGCGCUGCUGAACCUCGCCAACCUCGGCCUCAACGUUGUGCUGGAUGGCAACAGAAAAAAGCAAUAUCAAGUGCCGAGAAAGGAGAGAAUCACUGAACAAACUUACCAAAUGUCGAGAUGGACGCCCAUUUUGAAGGAUAUCAUGGAGGACGCUAUUGAUGAAAAACUGGACCAGCGUCACUUCCCGUUCCUAGCUGGUCGCGCCCAGAGUUCCGGCUAUCAAGCACCCACCAGUGUAAGAUAUGGGCACUGGCACAAGGAUAAAGCUCAGCAAACCAUCAAGAAUGUUCCACGUCUUCUCGUUUUUAUCGUAGGCGGAGUAUGCUUUUCGGAAAUUCGUUGUGCUUACGAAGUGACAGCUGCCCUCAAAAACUGGGAAGUGAUCAUCGGCUCUUCGCACAUUCUCACGCCCGACACUUUCUUGUCCGAUCUCAGCUCCCUCACCGCCUAAACGAGAUUCACGAAGUACGCAUUACGGUAUGGAUGACUUUAACUUGCAAGGCUAAAAAUGAAUAAAAUGUCAGAGGAAACUUGGCGGAAACCGAUUCAACGCAAUACUGAUAGAUAAAAUAGCACUCGAAAUUGUACGGGAAAGUAUAACAAAAACAUUAAGCUACACUGUAAAACAUUUACUGGUUUGUAUACUCGAUAUAAAAUUGCUGCAAAAGAAAUAAAGCGUAAUAUUUUCCCCUGAGUUGAAGUUCCGUUGAUAAGUUGUAGGUAUUUUCGAUAUUCGGAACAUUUUCCGCCAGGUUUUAUUUAUACUGCCUUGUCGGAUUCUGACUUUAGAUUUUCGAUUAGCAUUUUAUUGAAAUAGUCGAUCUUUAUAAAGUGAUAUAAGGUAUUGUAAUUUUGCAGCUACUUGCUGAGAUAGACACCAAUAAUAGGCUUAUCUAUUGUCGACUUGAUGUUAAUGGUAGUACAAUGUGACAAAUAGAAAAAGCUGUUUUAUUAUUACAUCCUUAAUUUUCAAUACCUAAAUUUUUGUUCUUAUUUUCUACGAGGCCUGUAAACAUCGCUCCUAAAAAGAUAACUUCGGUCAUUUGUGAUAUUAAAAAAUUAUUGAAGUUAAUUUUUGUAAAUUAUGUAGAAUUAUAGUGUUAUAAUUGUAUACAAAUGUUUUAUAAUUUAAGUCGUUCUAUAUUAAGUUAUAAGAAUUACUUACUUUUUUAUUAUAUUAUUAACUAUUUCGUGUUGAUGUUUCAAACAUUCAAUCUUUUUAAUAAUUUAAAAAAAAAAUAAAAAAUAAAAUCUUUAUAAAAUAAAACCAUGAUCAUUAUUCAGGCGUGGAUGAUAAAUAGUAUUGUUGAAAUAUUGUGCUAUCACUAGAAUUAGACCGUGACGUGAUCCUAUGUAACUACAUAUUAGUAAAGGUUUAAAUUUGUUUUAUUAGCUAAACAUCGCCUUGUUUCAUUAAUUUAAUGCCAAAUGGUUUAGCAGUGCGGAUAUUUCGUAGUGUGUAAUUAUGACAAAUGCCCCAACAGAGAAAUGAAAACAUUAAUAGGCACACCAUAAGUUCAUUCUGUCAUGUUUAAAUGGUGAUAUAAUAUUUGCUAGUAUUAAUAAAGUAGGAAUUUUCGAUCUUAUUAUUCUAAAUGUUAAAUCACAUAUACUGGAUCCAGUUUUGUUUACAUUCCAAUAAAUAUUAUAUGUAUGUACAUUAUAUUAUGAUGUUACUCGCUUUUUCACUCGAGUCGUUUGUCGAUUAGUAUUAAAACUAGAAUAUAUUUCUUACACAUUACAUUAGAAAGUAAUCUUUGAAAUCACAAGGUUAUAAUCAAUUAUUUGAUUUGUCAACAAAUUAACACUUUCAAAAUGAAUAUGACAUUAACAUUGUUGAAGUAUAGGGAUGUAAUGUUCACCUAGUGAACUAUAUAUUCAUUAUUAUAGCCUCUGAAUAUAAACUCUGUAUGCUUUAUCGUAAUUUGUUUGAAAACUAAGGAAAUACUACGAUCAUUUAUAAAUGUCGCAGGAAAAUGAAGUGAACCAGAGAUUUCGCGAAAUCCCUAGGGAUACCACGAAAGCACGGCAUAUGUUGAAUAUUCUUAUUUACGACGCUUUCUUACUAAAAUAGUCAGUGAAAUGUCAUUUCACUAAAUUAAAUCUAGUGAAAUGUCAGAAAAACGGAUACCUCCGAGUAAAAAUCGUCCAAUGUAUCUCUCCCUCUCUCUACCCAAACGGACACAAGUGGGAGCGGAAGGAAGCCGCCGUGAAAGCGACCGCCGCGUCACGAAUAUGAUCGAUGGCACCAUGUGGUUUUAGCGGGUUCAAGCCCCACAUAUCCCUAACUUUAACCUUCCCGAACCCGGCCGGGUAGACGAAGGUCUUUCCACACGUAAAAAAAAAGGUUAGGUUAGGUUAAUAAUUAUGAAAGUACUUUUAAAAGGACUUAGCACGAACCUUUUUCAUUCUGUAUUUCACUAGAUUUAGAUGAGUGAAAUGAUAUAUCACUAGAUUGAAAUAGUAUUUUGUCAUAUCACUAAUAAUUUUUAGUAAGAAGAUGUAUUAAAUAGGAAUAUUCACCAUCUUCCGUGAUUUCGUGGUAUACCGAGGGAUUUCGUGAAAUCUCUGAUAUCCUCAUUUCUCUGCGACAUAAAUACAUAAGGUAGUUUCAAAUACCACAGUGUCAUGAUCACUGCUAUCAUGUGCAAUAACAGUAGUUCAUAUUGUCUAACACAGUUAACUUAUCAGUAUUGGAUUGUUAAGAGUUUCAUUAAAUUAUUCUAUAUUAUCUUUAA